CUCCACUGAAUACAUCUGCAAUAUCUCUCAUAUUAUGUCCAUGGUGUUGACUUGUCCCUCUGGCGUCUGCAGACGUGUCUGCGUGGCUCCUCGCUGGGGAAAGUGGGCGGGCGUGUUUUUUGGUUUCAUAUUCACUCCAGUUGUUGGUAAGACGCACGUUGUUGAGGGUGAGAGAGAGUCGCACGCCGGCUGCGGCUUCAUUCUUCGUGUUUGAGUUCGAUUUUCGAAUGAAAAACGGAGCGCAAAAACCCAGAGGACGAUGUCUGGAAAUAUAACGCACGGACACUGCGGAAGAAUUAACCUGAACUUUACGCACAACUUUCUGCCGCCCGUCUUCGUCACCGUGUUCGUCGUCGGGACCCUCUCCAACAUCUGGGGCCUGAGGAGUGUGCGCAACAACUGGAGCAACAUCGGCAGCAUCAACAUCUUCAUGCUGAACCUCGGGGUGGCGGACCUGCUGUAUCUGUCCACCCUGCCCUUCCUUGUGCACUAUUACGCGCACAACAGCCAGUGGCGGUUCGGGCCGACUUUCUGCAAAGUGACGCGCUCCUGCUUCAACGUCAACCUGUACGGCAGCAUCGGCUUCCUCACCUGCGUCAGCGUGUACAGGUACCUGGGCAUCGUGCACCCAAUGAGAGUGAUGGGCAAGAUCACCAGCCGACACUCCCUGGCCGUCAGCGCCCUGGUCUGGCUCUUGGUCUUUAUCCAGAUCCUGCCCGAUGUGUUCUUUGACAAGAACGAUCCCAUGGCACCGCGGGCGUGUUUCGACACCACCUCGAACGACCUGAUCCGGCGCUACCUGCCCUACAGCAUCGCCUGGACCGUCACUGGAUUUGUCAUACCACUGCUCAUCAUUUUGGUCUGUUACGGACACAUUGUUGUCGUUCUCAGCAGGAAGACCAACGUCAACCCGAUGCUGAAGCAGCGCUGUCUGAAGCUGGUCGUGGUCCUGGUGAUCCUGUUCUCCGUCUGCUUCAUCCCCUACCACGUAUUUCGAAAUGUCAACCUGAAAACCAGGAUCUUGAAGCAGAGCGGGGUUUGCCACGCGACGUUCCGCGACAUUUACAUCGCACACCAGGUCGGCAGAUGCCUGGCGUGUCUGAACAGCGCAAUUAACCCGCUGAUUUACAUCGUCGGGAACGACGAUUUCCUCCGCAAGCUCCAUCUCUUCACCAAGCGAGCCCGACAGUCUCUGCCUGGCCUGAAAAGCGCGGCCUUUUACCGCCAACCGAUGGAAACGUGUCUGGAUCCGCCUUCAGGGACCCGCGUCAGCUCCGACCCGGCGGACGGAUGAGGCGCACGGAUGGUUCACCCGAGGUUUCCGUUUCCAUGCGCCACGGUGCUGCCAGAGCGCACGGCGCUGCUGCUGCUGCCUGCCUUCGUCCCGUUUGGAUUGCUGGCUGGAUAUGGCAUCUCCUCUACCUUCUGUGGCGGAUCUGAUGUUGCCGGUGAUUUUGGUGGGUGUGACUGGGUCGUGUUGACAAAGGCUGGUGUUUGUCAUGCAGACGUUGAAGUGGGUGUCAGAUGGUAUGGCUGGUGACUUGAGCAGAGAUAGAAGUAAGUGUAGCUGUGAACUAGCAGUCAAAAUUUGUCUAUUUGCAGUUUAGACUUUUACCAGUUGAUAAAAGCAACAACUCCUCAAGACCCAAUGCAAGUCCCUGUACUCUCACUGCUCCCAUGUGCAGUUGAAGCAGAAUUGCUCUCACAUAUUCUUCUCCACCAUCAACAAUUGCUGUGCAAUCUACACCGAUCAGCCAUAACGUUAUGAUCACCUGCCUGAUAUUGUGUAGGUCCCCCUCUUGCAGCUAAAACAGCUCUAACCCGUGGAGGCAUGGACAACACAAGACCUCUGAGUCCUGUAAGUUGCGAGGUAUGGCCUUCAUGGAUUGGACUUGUUUGUCCAGCAAAUUCCCCACAGAUGCUGGAUUGGAUUGAGAUCUGGGGACUUUGGAGGCCAAGUCAACACCUUGAACUUAUUGUUGUGUUCCGUCAAACCAUUCCUGAACCAUGUUUGCCGUGUUGCAGGGCGCAUUACCAGCAUUAAAAGGGCACUGCCGUUUGGGGAUAAUGUUUCCAUCAAGGGGUGUAUUUGGUCUGGAACAAUUUCAGGAAGGUGGUACAUGUCAACCUGCUUCCAACACAUCAACUUUGAAGACUAAAUAUUCACUUGCUGCUUAAUAUAUCUCACCAACUGACAGAUGACAGAUAAUUCAUUUUAUUCCCUUCACCUGUCAGUGGUCAUAAUGUUGUGGCUGAUUGGUGUAAGUAUGACAAGAGAAUGGUAAGUUUCAGUUUAAUACACUCAUUUACAUACUACUGCUGCCUUAUUUACCAUGGGUUGAAAGGAGUCAUUUUACUCCGUCACAAACUGGUCUGCAUCACCUUUAAUGCUGCUCUCAGAUGCACUGGUCCAUCUGGUAAUUAUGCUACCUUCAUCUAGACUUUCCACAGUGGUAGAAAUACCUGGCCAACUCCUCUGCCUCUCUGUAAACCUGCCUGUCCACAUGAAUAUUUACCACUGUGUUUUUUAACUCUGCCUAGGAUAUUUUACAUUCUCUCGCUCCUCCUGGCUCAAGCGGCUCACUACAUAUUACGGCACCUCUUUGGACCUGGACCUGCUGUUAAAAAUCGCACCCUGGAUUUUUUGAUUUUGCUUUGGACAUUAGAAACUGUGAAUUCUCACUCUGAAUGUCUACACAUUCGAUAUCCCUGUUUCCAAUGUAGCAUGAAACCUUUGAAAACCAUCUCAUGUCUCCGCGCCUGUAUUAAUAUACUGUAUUUAUAUAGAGCUUAUUGAUCACCCAAAGUGCUUUACAGAACAAGUCACAUCCACCCAUUCAAACAUACAUUCAUACAACGCUAUCAUAUCUAUCAUUGAUACACCGCUUGCCCAAGGACUCUUCGGCACACAGACUGGAGGACCCAGGGAUCAAACCAUCGACAUUCUAGUUAGUGGAAGUCCCACUCUACUUCCUGAGCCCCAGCCUCCCCUAAUACGCACAGAAAUAAUAUAGUAUGGCUGACUUUCCUCCACUGCUGACUACUGGAUUAGGCUUAACAAAGCCAUUGACACCGCUGUUGAGGGACUCAAGAGGCAAGGCAAGACUGAUGACAACCCCUCUAGAGAAGUGACAGUCAUGUUCAUCAUUCACUGUCCUGAUCCUGAACUCUCUCUAGUCUUCAACUGCAAGCCAAUUGAGGAGUGGACUGCCACUGAUGUUCAAGUGUUGGUGGAUGAACACCACCGCAAAAAGCGUCUCCAGGAACGACAUUCUAUUCGCCCAGGCUGCAGAUGUUCUACACAGCCAUGUUCAAAUGACAGUGAGCCCCCCUGCUCCUGCUCCACAGCCGCCUGCAACUGGUAGGCCACUGACAAGUGAGGAUCACUGCCAGCCCGCCUGCCACGUCCAGACUUAUCCCUGCUCCAACAGUCCCCGAUUUGGUCUCUCAUCACCCGGAUCCCUCUGGCCUGUGUUCCCCAUUGACUUCUUCUAGUGGUUUUCCUGGUGGAUUCCCUCGGCUACCCCUGCUCACUCGGAGAAACUUGCCUGUACCUUACCAUUCGGCCUUUGACUCAUUAAAACUCAUUGUACUCCGCUCAAUCUCCUGGUGUUUGUUGUCUGCACUGUGGGUUCAUUUCUGCAGCAUAAGCGAUGUGUACUCUUCAUUUUCAAAAGUGUCAAUAAAAGGUCAACUUGU